UCAUACCUGACUGCUUUUCCACCUAAGCAGCCUCAAUUUUGAUUGUAUUUUUUAUACAAAAUCAUCAAGUUCAAAAUUACACUUAUUUUAAAAUUAUUUAAAACAAUUUAACAUGGGCGAUACUUGCAUAACGGAUCCCAUGACCUUUUUAUACCUCGACAUGCUAUCUACUAUUUUAAUUGAUGAUACAAAAGAACUCGAAAAUCAAUUCGAAACAAAAUUGAAAUUUAUACGCGAACAAGAAAAGAUCUGCUUAGAGAAUGGGAAACAACUUGUUUUUAUCGACCAGUUUGUGGAGACAUUGAAGGACUGUGUAUAUAAGCUGGAGUUGGAGCUGAUGGAGAAUGAAAACGAAUUAGUUCAAGCAGAGAGAGUUAUCUCGCAUUGUGAGGCAAUGUACAUGGAUCCGAUGAAGUGUCCAAAGUUUAACACAAUGCCGUUCAAACAUAGCUGUUUUUUGGUUCUCAUGAAGUUGCUUCUCUCCGCAGACCGUUCCGCAGCUCAGGCCAAUUUACUUAAAGCUGAAAUUGAACGUUUUAAUACUGAGGCUGGUUCCCAUUUAGAGCCCAUUAAUAUGAUCACAAAGAUUAUAGACUAUCAUCGGAAGUCUCUGGUCUUAAUGGAGCAAGAAAUAAACAAACUGGAGUCGAUGACAAAAGAUGUGACCAACAGCUAUGACCAAAUAACUAAACAAAUGCAGAUUAGCAGCCUAACUACCAAAUGCACCUUAACGAUGGCCAAUGUCAUCAACGAUAUAUACUAUAAAUAAAUCCUAGUCACAGCA